AUGAAGAAGGUAAUGGAAGCUAUUUUAUGUAUUUUUUUUGUUAAUAACCUGAGGAGUGUUAAGAGUUUUAUUGCCAAUACAAAUCAUAUAUUUGAUGUAACCAAUUUCAAAAAUUAUAAUAAUUUAAUAAAUCCGAAAACAAAAUAUUUUAAAAAUAAGAGUGUGUCUAUAAAAAAAAAUAUAAUAUUUUUAAAGGAUUAUGAAAAAGCAGAAAAUGAUGAUAUAGAUACCGAAAAUACCAGUUCAAGCUGUUCUAAUGAGAAUGAAAAAACUAUUAAAAAAAAAAAAAUUAAGAAUGUGGGGAUAAAAAAGAAAAAGAGAAAAAAAGUUAGUAAUGUAUUAAAGUGUAAAUCAUGUACUAAACCCCUAAAGCCCAGAGCCAAGUUUUGCGUUCAUUGUGGUUCGAAUGUUUCGGUUGAAAAAAUUAAACUGAAGAAAUAUAUAGAAGAUAUUUAUUUGCCAAUAAGAAAAGAGGAAGUCAGUGCAAACACAUAUCGCGUUGAAAGAGGAUUUUGGAAUGAUAUAUUACCAAAAUUGGGAAAAUACGAACUUCAUGAAUUAGGAUCAAACAAUUGGGAAAGCUUUUUAAAGUACUUAAAAUCAAAGAAUUGCUCUCCAAGGACGAUGGCCCUAUAUCAAUCUACAUACCAGCAAUCAUUAAAAUAUGCUCUGUAUAGGGAUUAUUUAAAAAGUGUACAUAAUUUUCGUAAAAUAAAAAAAAGUACUAUUCCCAGGAGAAAAACCAUUCCUUUAUCACCGAAAGAGAUUGAGUUAUUGCUAAAGAACAGUGGAGAUAUGCAUAGAGCUAUAUUUGCCACAAGUAUAGGCAUAGGCUUGCGUCCUUCUGAAGUAUUAAGAAUUCUAUGGGAAGACAUAAACUUUGAAAAAAAGGAAAUAUUUAUUAAAGGAGAAAAAACAAAAUAUAGUAACACUGCUAUACCUUUGACAAAUUUUGCUUACAAUGAGUUGAUAAAAUGGUGGGAAAUAGAAAAAAAGCCAUCAAAAGGAUUAUGCUUUUAUCAGGAAACUAUCAAUAAUAAAUUUAAUUAUACAGACACGAAAACUCCAUUAAAGACGUUUAAAACAGCAUUAAAGGGGGCUGCUAAAAGAGCUGGAAUUGAAAUUAGCGAAGAUGGAAAGAAACGAAGAAUAUUUCCUUACUUGCUAAGGCAUUCCUUUGCAACUAUUGCUGCAACAUCUAACCCUCCAGUCCCAUUACCUGUAGCACAAGCAAUUAUGAGGCAUUCCUCAUCAAAAAUGUUAUUAGAUACAUACACAAAAGCAGGUAAUAACAUAAUUAGGGAUGGAUUAGAUAAUUUUAAAAUAUAA